CAGGAUCUUAUACUUCACUGUCUAACUAUCUGUCACAGGCUUUUUAAAUGACCCCUUCCUCUCCCGUCAUGUGUGGAUCUCAUACUUGAGCGGUUGCGCUGCGCACGCCUCUGAUGGAUCAUUCUAAUUCAGCCAUCCUCUCUGGGUAGAUGUGGUACCGCACGGCUGAUAGUUGUGGAAAGGGGGUUCGUGCGUGACAGUGUGCUCGUCUCUGACUGAAUAUGCACUCCUAAAACAGAGAGCCAAAGGAAGAAGAAGGAGAAGAAAAGGGAGAAGAAGAGAGAGGCGGGAACGGUUCGUGUCUGGCUAAAAUCAAGGGUUGAAGCAGAGAGCUCAUCAGUGGCGGACAGAUCAGCAUUUUGCGCUCCCUUUGAGGAUUUGAUGGAUAUCUGAUCAGUGGAUGUGAUGCCCAUAUAUAUCAUCGACCGAAAAUUUCCUGACAUAUUUGGUGAGUUGAUACAGCUAGCUGGUGAAAGAGGAGACCUGAGAAUGACAGAGACCAAUACCCCAAAAUCGGCAAAGAAGCCCCGUUGGACCUCUCUGGAAAUCGGCCUCAUUACCAUUGUCUCUUUGCUCUUCAUUGUCAUUGUUGCCCUCAUCAUCCUCUUUGCCACCCAAAAGACUGAUGAAAUCUGCACCACAGCUGACUGCACGCAGUCAGCGUCUCGCCUCAUUGAGAACAUGGAUGCUACUGUGGACCCUUGUGACAACUUCUAUCAAUAUGCCUGUGGAGGAUGGCUGAAAAAGAACAUAAUCCCAGAAACCAGUUCCAGAUACAGCACCUUCGACAUCUUACGGGAUGACCUGGAGGUCAUCCUUAAAGGUGUCCUUGAAGAGACAGUGGAGGGGGAGGCUGCUGCUCUUACCAAGGCUAAGACACUUUACAAGUCCUGCACAAAUGAGACUUUAAUUGAGCUAAGAGGAGGAGGUCCUUUGCUCGACAUGCUGCCAGAUGUCUUUGAGUGGCCCAUGGCUGUGGACAACUGGGAGGAUGACUAUGGGAAAACCUGGAGGUUAGAGGAUGUCAUUGCCAGGUUAAAUGAGAAAUAUGGAACUCAACUCUUGGUUAACUUUUUCGUUGGCACCGACGACAGAGACUCAAAUUCAUAUAUCAUUCAUUUUGACCAGCAAACAAGCCUUGGCCUCUUGUCCCGAGAUUACUACACCUGUGAUGGGCCCUAUGCAGAGGCAUGUCGAGCUUAUGAGCAGUUCAUGAUUGACCUGGCUAAGCUCAUCCGCACUGACCGGGGACUGGAAAUCAAUGAAACCCACAUAAGGGAAGAGGUGACACGAGUUGUGGACUUGGAGAGAGCUAUUGCGAAUGCCACUGACACACCAGAGGAUCGGAACAACCCGGUGUUGCUUUACAACGAGAUGGAAUUGAGGGAGCUGAACAAUAACUUCACACUUGAAAUUGACUCGCAGGCGUUCAACUGGAGUUACUUCACAGCUAAGAUUAUGGACACAGUCAAUAUUAGCAUUCCUGAAACAGAGAAAAUCAUCCUCUACUCCCCCAAUUAUUACAGAAGACUCAACUUUGUACUAGCCAAAUACACUAAAAGGGAUCUUCAAAACUACAUGGUUUGGCGGUUUGUUAUGAACAUGGUAGUGGGGCUGAGCCGAGCUUAUAGAGACACCAGGAAAGCCUUCCGCAAGGCUCUGUCUGGUACAACAUCAGAGGUUGCUGUGUGGCGACAGUGUGCACUGUAUGUCAACAACAACAUGGACAACGCUGUGGGGCGGCUCUAUGUGCAGGAGGCUUUCUCUGAAAAGAGCAAAGAGCUUAUGAAUGAGAUGAUUAAAGAUAUUCGGGAAGUUUUCAUUCGUAACCUUGAUGACCUCACCUGGAUGGAUGCAGUGACCAAAAAAGCAGCUGAAGAAAAGGCUCGAGCUAUUCGUGAACGCAUUGGCUAUUCUGAACACAUCAUGGAUGACAAAUAUCUAAACAAUGAGUACAAAGAUCUGAACUACAGUGCAGAGGAGUACUUUGAAAACAUCCUGCAGAAUCUUGAGUAUGUGCAGAAGAAACGCCUGCGGAAACUGCGAGUCAAAGUCAACAAGGAGGAGUGGGUAACUGGAGCUGCUGUCGUCAACGCCUUCUACUCAUCCAGCAAAAACCAAAUAGUGUUUCCUGCAGGUAUUCUUCAGCCCCCUUUCUUCAGCAAAGGCCAAGCUAAAUCUCUCAACUAUGGUGGCAUCGGUAUGGUAAUCGGUCAUGAGAUUACACAUGGCUUUGAUGACAACGGCCGUAACUACGAUGAGGAUGGGGACCUAAAGGACUGGUGGACACCUAACUCCACUCAAAGAUUCCUGGAGCUUUCCAAGUGCAUUGUUGACCAGUACAGCAACUUUUCCUGGAGCUGUGCUAAAGGACUUAAUUUGAAUGGAAAUAACACCCUCGGGGAGAACAUAGCUGACAAUGGAGGAAUUCGACAGGCAUACCAGGCAUACAAGAACUUUGUGAAGCACAAUGGAGAGGAGCCACCGCUCCCUGGGAUUGACCUCUCACAUGAUCAGCUCUUCUUCCUUAAUUUUGCUCAGGUCUGGUGUGGAACACAUCGACCAGAGCAAGCUGUUAAUUCCAUUAAAAUUGAUGUACACAGUCCAGGAAAAUUCAGGGUACUGGGCUCCCUUCAGAAUUUCCCAGAAUUUGCCAAAGCAUUCAACUGUAACAAAAGCAGCUACAUGGUCCCUGACAAAAUCUGUCGUGUAUGGUGAUCUUAAGACCUUUGGGGUAGGUACUUUGUUCCCUGUCUCGCCCCGUACAGUACCUCUCCCCUCUGACUGCUGGAGCACUCAUGGAGAACUACAAGGAAGUGGAAGCUUCCCUUUGUUUUUCACCGGAUGGACCAUAGCUGAUGAAGGGACACAGCAGUAUACACUUCAUACAAGAUGGCAGCAGACAGUACCCUCAUGGGCAGAAGAAUUACUGUCUCUUAAACUUCAAUACUGUAGUUCAAUAAAUCAGCUCCUGCUCACUGGAUACAAUCCCUUUUUUUUUUCUUUCUGUCACGUUUGCUUAUCAUUUGAGCCUGCCAGUGUUUGUUUGUGGGUGCAUAUGGAAGUGUGUAUCAGUCAAAAUGCUUUACAAGUAGUAGGCAAUAGAGUGGCGGACAGUAAAAUGUGCUCAACCCACUCACACAUUAUUACGCCGUCUACCCACUCACAUACAUGCAACAGGGCCGAACCACUGUAUUGUAUGUGGGACUUAGCUGGAACUCUCACAAACCUCAGCUGUUUUCAGCCUUUGUGUAUUCUGCAAGUGGUUAUGCUCUACAAUUUAGUCAUCUGUUUAUUUUAAUUAAAUUAUCACACAACCAGAAUUUAUUUUUUCUAAUAAAAAACUUAUGUAAUCGUCCCAUAUCACAAAGUUAUGUUCUAAACAAUAUGGUGAUGGCUGUUGACCGGGGUCUGCUGUUUUUGAAUAGAAUAAAGAUUAACCAAAACUGCAUUUUAUUACUUUUUUCUAUGACAAAUGGUCAUUUAUAACUGAGAUGACAAUCUGCAUAUUCUAAACCUUUUUUCAUAAAUUGUUCUGAACCUCCUCUGUUUUUUGUGAAUGUUGUCUACAAUUCUUUGUAUGUAAUUAUCACUGCCUGCUGUUGGCCAAGCUAAUUGGUAUGCCUUAUGAUUGUUAAACCACAACUGUGCAUUUAUGAGAACAAAAAAUCUAAAUAUAUAUUAAAGAAUAGUUUAACUUUUUA